CAUCCCUCAUCUCUUCAAUGGCUUCCGCAACCAAAGUCGUCCAUGAAUUCCCCUUUUUCUUCAAGGUGUACGAAGACGGCCGGAUCGAGCGCUUCCUCACCACCCCUCGUUUGCCACCCUCCACAGAUCCCACCACCGGCGUUCAGUCCAAAGACGUCGUCAUCUCAUCCGAUCUGGAAAUCAAGUCCCGUAUCUUUCUCCCAAAACUUAAUCCUGAAGAUCCACCAAAAAAACUUCCCCUCAUCAUCUACGUCCACGGCGGCGGAUUCUGCAUCGGAUCACCGUUCAACGUCAUCACACAGGGAUUCCUGACGCCGUUAGUCUCCCAAAUCCCCGCCGUCGUUAUCGCCGUUGGAUACAGACUCGCUCCGGAACACCCUCUCCCCACCGCCUACGACGACUGCUGGGCCACGUUCCAGUGGAUCGACUCUCACGCAACCGGUUCAGGACCCGACCCAUGGAUCAACGAGUACGUGGACACAACUCGGGUUUUCUUGAUGGGGGAGAGCGCCGGGGCGAAUUUGGCCCAAUACCUGGCGGUUCAAGCCGGAGUCAAUAAAACCCGUUUGGGUAUCCGUGGGUUGUUAGCGAUUCACCCGUAUUUCUCACAGAAAGAACCCGACAAGUUGAUCCAGUACUUGUACCCGACUAGUUCCGGGUCGGAUGAUGAAGCAAAACUGAACCCACGUUCGGAUCCGGAUCUUGAGAAAAUGGGUUGCUCCAAUGUGCUGAUAGUAGUUGCAGAAAAGGACUUUUUAAGACCAAGAGGGAUGGAUUAUAUGGAGGCAUUAAAGAAGAGUAAAUGGGAAGGGAAAGUGGAGUUUAUGGAGAAUGAAGGAGAAGGUCAUUGCUUUCAUCUCUUCAAUCCAUCAUCUGAAAAGACCAAGGCUUUAGUUCAAGAUUUGAUUUCUCAUGUCAACAAACUACUCUAGGGGCAUUUUCGUCAUUUUACAUUCGUUUCGGAGAUAAAAGUAAAAGAAAUUAAUGAUUAAUGAAUGAGUAUGAUGAUGAUGAUGAUGAUGAAUUACUCCAUGCAUCAAGUGUAAUUCAGGGUUGUUGAGAUUAAAGGUGAUUAAGAGUUCAUAUUUAUUCU